AUGCCUGGGAACUAUUUCAGAAAUGCCAAAACAACCAAAGGAAAACGACGUCCCAUAAAAGCCAAACCAAAACGUCAACGUUUACCCAUAAACUUGGCGCGUAAAUUUCAACGGGAACGUCGCAUCCGAAAUGGCGGUAUUGGCGUUAAUCGCAAGAAAAAUAAAAGUAAAUUGGAAAGACGUUCAAAAGAUUUUGAAACAUCGGAGUUAGAGGCACUGGUACAUGCCAGUGAAAUGCAGCUGAAAGGGAUUUUGGAAAAUGAUGACAUUCUAUCAGAUAUCCCAUUUGAUGUGACACCAGAGGAACUGGAGGGAGAGAUAGCAUUGGCCCAAGGCGGCGGAACUAUUAUAUAUAUUGAAAGAGAUGGCCUGUCGACGCUUAAAGUUGUG